CUGACGCAGGCGCCGACACCAACAUGGAGCCAGCCAGGCCGCUACUGCGCAUGUCCGCGUCUGCACAGACGGAGAGGGAGCUACACACACACAGAGAGAGAGAGACACAACAGGAAAAAAGUGGCAGAGACAAAGGAGUAAAACGCUGUAAGAGGAAAGGGGACAGGGCAGACUCAGUUUUUAGACCGGUUUGUGGUGGUCCAGCUGCGACGCCGCCGACGGGCAACGGGAGGGCGCUUGCCAGACAUCCUUCCUUGACCGAAACACUUGUUACAUCUGUUCCCGGUGGAGGGGAAGCUUCACGGUCAGCAGCCUGGUGAUGGAAAGAACUGCAAAGCCCUAGGCUUGUGUGGAAAGAAGUGUCAACGCGCGCAAGCACACAGAGGAUGGAGGACGUGGAAGCACACGGAGAGUAGCGGUGGCAGCUUGAUUGACGACGCCGCCGUGGCAUUGUUGGAGGAGCAAUCUUUCAUUUGUGAGCAUCUGGAGUGUUUUUUUUUUUGUUUGCUAUUUUUGCAUCUCGAGCACUACUUUCCGACCCCCUCCUUCUCGGUGACCUUUCUUCGCAUCUAUCUUUUAUAGAGAGCAGGUGUUGCUGCAUUGAACAGCCACAGGUCUCAUUUACCUUGCACCCCCCCCCCCCCCCACAACCCCCCACCCCCACCUCAUUCUGGGCCGUGCACAGCGACACACGAGCUCCUCUCCUCCAAGAGGCUGAGAGGUUGCCAUGGCAAUGGUUGUCAUGAUGUCGAUGUAGCGACCUGGAAGUAGUAGUUGUGGAGGCAGAGGUGGAGGUGGAGGAGGUGGCGGCGGCGGUGGAGGUGAACGUUCAGCGAUGGGAAGUGCUCCGUAUCCAGCCGGGGAGUGGAAGGGGAAGGGGCGAGGCGGCCUGCAGGAGCUGGGCUGCAUGCCCUGGAAGGUCAGCAAGCAGAAAGGUGGAGGAGGAGGAGAAGUGGUGACGGUGGGCGCAGAGGAGAGGAGGUGCAGGGAUCUCAGGGACACUCAGCAGCAGCAGCAGCAGCAGCAGCAGGAUCUCUCGUCCUCCUCUUCCUCCCUCACCGUGCCGGCUCCUCCCCAGCCUGCUCUGACAGCGCCGGUCAUUUAUCACGAAAAGCAGCGGAGGGAGCUGUGCGCCUUGCAUGCACUCAACAACGUCUUCCAGGAUGGGACAGCGUUCAGCCGGGACACCCUGCAGGAGAUAUACCAGAGGCUUUCUCCCAGUACUAUGGUAACACCUCACAAGAAGAGCAUGCUGGGAAAUGGGAACUACGAUGUAAAUGUCAUUAUGGCGGCCCUGCAGACCCGGGGGUUUGAGGCAGUCUGGUGGGAUAAAAGAAGGGAUGUAGGCAGCAUCGAGCUGUCCAACGUGGAGGGCUUUAUUCUGAACGUGCCGUCCAAUCUGCGCUGGGGUCCUCUCCGGCUGCCGCUCAAACGCCAGCACUGGAUAGGUGUCAGAGAGGUGGGAGGAGUCUACUACAACUUGGACUCCAAGCUACGUAACCCCCAACCUAUCGGCAAUCCAGACGAGCUCAGGAAGUUCCUCCGCCAACAGCUGCGAGGGAAGAACUGUGAACUCCUAUUGGUCGUCUCAGAGGAGGUGGAGGCGCACCACACGUGGCGGUCUGAUGGCUGAAUGCUUAACCAGCCAAUCGAAGCUCCAACUGGGCCAAACUAAGAAUGACCUGGAGAGGAAGUAGCAUUGUGUACACCCGGUCGCAUCGAUGCACACACAUGCAGAUGUAUUUUUCCCCCACUUUUUUGGGUUUUGUUUACACUGCCAUUGCUGGACACUCAUCUGAUGAGACACAAAGCAAUGAAGGAAACACUUUACAGGGAGAAUCAAAGAAUCACAGCAGUUUCUCACAACACAGUUAAGACUUCUAAGAUGUUACCCUAUUUCUGCUAUUAUUGUGUUUUUAUACGUAUUGAUACAUAUUUUUCAGUGUCAGAUUUUUUUUUUCUCCCCCUUUUUACUUCUCAAGUUUCCCAACAUCAUGGGAGUUCAGGCUUUAUGGAAUAUGCUGUAUUUAUCUGCCCGUCUUUUUCAGCGACCCUCCCUGCUUUUCGGUUGUGUUGUUCACCGAUGUGUCUUCGUGUUUCCGUCUCUCCCUCCGUGUCGUCGCUUUCUCUCCGUCUGUGUCGUCCGUCCUUCGCUCUCACCAAAGCGUGCCCCCCACCCCCCUCGCUUGCCUCAGCGUGACUCCGUCACACUGUCCCUUUUUAUCACAUCUCACGUCAAAAAAACGGCGACUUGUCACGCUGCCAACUUUGUAUUUCGACAAAUCCCUUUCAACACUCGCGGCGCAGACUGAGCCUUUACACUAGAGUCUGUGUGGCGACUCGACACUUUUCUACGGCAACAAAGCAAUGCAACACCCAGGCCAAGCACUCCCUCUAGUGGAUAUUUUCCUUAAUUUCUUUCCAAGGAAGAAGUUACAACAUUAUUCAUCCAGUUUUGUUUAAUGGUUCAUAUUGAAAUGAUUAUUAUAAAGUUAUAACGUCUGCUUGUCAACGAGAAAGUAUAGCAAUACUGACAAUUAUUGUCCUUUUAGUAGGAUUAGUCUGCGUUAAGAUUUAAUCAGUCACAUCAAUUAUCAAAUCAGAGCGUCUCAACUAUUGAGUUUGUUCCUGCUUAACAGUUUAUUUUUGGGUCAUGGAUAAAAGUAGCCAACGUAAUGACAUAACUUCCUCUUACUCGCUUGUUUUGGAGUUUCUGACUGUAACACUGCCUCCUAACUUAACUCACUAUGGUGUUGAAGGACUGAACUGAUGUGAAACUCUUAGAUGAUCAUUCGAAAUUACAUACAAUUAAUAUUUCAGUGUAACUUGUCAAAUUUCCAAUCAAAAAUACAUAUCUCUCGUUCAUAUCGAUCCAAUACCUUUGGAUUUCUGACUGCUGGACAAAACCAGCAACUUCAAUGUAAAUCAGUAAUGAUAUUGUAACUUAGGCAGAUUUAAUUGGGUGGUCAAAGUGUGUUUUUUCUGAUGACCCUGUUCAUAUCAGUUCAUUGUUUGGCUUCAGUCCCUGAUCUUCUUAUACGUUUAUCCUGACUGGGGCUGUCAGUCACCAUCUACUGUAGGUAAUAAGCCGAUUAUGGAAAAGUAUAUCACACAAACCCGCGUCAAAUAAAUAGAACUCUCCCUUUUAAUCUGAUGUGAUCAGAAACUCCAGAACAACGAAAAAGGUGGAUAAAAAUCUUCUAAAUAAUCGUAUUUCUCCCACACAAAUAGUGUCACGAUAAUUUCUGACACAGUUGUAAAAUGAAACACACGUGAGGUCGUUACCCAUCGUUGUUGUAGUUUAUGUUCCUUCAUCCAGAUGCUCACUGACACAGCAGGCCUCUGUAGCACAGGAGCUCAGGCGACGCAGGGCUUCUCCUCAUCCUCUUCUAAAAACGUCUUUUGUCAAACUUGCCAAACGCAGCAUAUCAUGUACAGUAAGGUCAGGAUCGGUCCCUGUUGUGUGUCACGUUUCAGUAGGAGGGGGAUUUUUGUUGGGUCAAGUAAAGUGGUCAGAAGGAGGAGAGAUGGAGAGCAGGAUCAUUCAGUAGCGAUAAUCAAGAAGAAAGAUGACGUUGAGCGGAAGUCGACGGGCUGGUUGUUGUUCAGAUGUCCAGUCAGACGUGUGUUGUGGUUAAGUAUUUUGAAAUGAGCCUUAUAAGAGAUUUUGCUGUUGUCGCUUUACAGGUUAUCAGCUUAACGGUUGAAACUGUUUAUCUAUACAUGUAUUGUCCAUUUAUGACAAUAUCGGCCUUAACUUGUUUACAUAUAAAAAAAUACGUGUUGUCCUGAACGGUUAAGAGGGGCUGUGCAGUUUGACGCUAUUUAAGGACAUUCAUUCAAAUUUCAUAAUCAUAAAUUUAAAGGAGAAACAACUGGUGCUCAUCCAAUAUAUCAUUCAUUCUGUUUUAGUGAUUUCACUUUUGCUGCCAAGGACAUUACAGAAAUUUGAGAUGUGAUUUCUUUUUUUGGGCUUUUUUUUUUUUUUUUUUUUUUAAAGGUCACAUUAUUUCAGUGGUACAUGUCCUAUUUCUACCCGAGCCCAGUCUGUGGACUGUCGGUGUCACGUCAUAACCGAGUGAACCUGAGACAUCAGAGAAGUUGUCAAUAAUUUGAUUUUUGAUCCAAUCACAUCAUGACUUGUCUCGCACAUUUGCUUUUUGCCAUGACAAUCCAUGCACCCCAUCCAACUUAAGGAAUUCUGAUUGUCAUUGUAUUUUUUUUUUAUUAUUAUUAUUAUUAUUAUUUUUGCAUAGAAAUAAAAGGCUUAUAAUGGCACUUUAUGUAUAAACUAGACUGUGGCUGUAAUGCUUAUUCUAAGGGUUAUUUUUGAUCGCCUCUCAUCAGCCUCAGUGAGGAUGUUUAUGUACUCAACUACUUUAAGGUAACUGUCUUGAACAUUUUACAUUUGCGACCACAUUUCAGGGGGAAAUAUUGUCAUUGUUUCUCUAUUGAUCAUCUUUGGCAACUGUAUUUCGUAGCUACUUUUCAAAAUAAGAGUUUACAUGAAUCAUAAAGAAGCUUAUUAAGCAUAGUUCAAAUUUUAAACUUGUGGUUUCCAACAAUUUUGGCCCCAUGAAUAAUACUGACUUUCCCCAAAACUUAUUAGGGGUUAUUAUUUGAACAACUACUCAUGGCCUAAAGGUCAAAUGACCUAAUAUUUUACAAAAAAGAAACUGAUUACAACACUGAGAAUUUAUCCAGGCCAAAGUUCGUCCACCCACAAAUAUUUAGAGGAGGACCUUUGGUCUGGGGUCGCUCCGUUGAAAACUGAUCAUACCCCGGUGAAGGUCUGCCAAUCAAAUCAAUUUGGAGAGGGCGUUGAUGGACAGAAGAACAACACUUAAAAGCACAAACGGUUAACAACCUUUAAGGCAUUUGUCAAGAAGCAUAUUUCACAUAAUUUAUUGCUCCGAUUGGUUGUAAGAUCAUCCAGCUGCACGCAGAGGCAUUUUUGUCUCUGUAUCAUUCGAAAUGAUGACAUAUUAGGAAUGCAUAAAGAAUAAAAAGACUUGUUUGAA